CUGUCAAACAGUGCUCAAUAAUAACUGCCGUUAGUGUUGUAGGCUGCCGUUUGCCGAUUUUAUUUAUUUAUUUGUUUGAGCAAAUCUAUAAUGGAACCGAGUCGGCACCGGUACUUUAGCAAGACUGCCAUAUAUAAAGGCAGCGUGGUGGAGGAUUUAGAGUUAACCGUCCAGAAAUAUGGCGAAGACGUUGUUCGCAUACAGUUAUUAAACCGUUUGCAUGGCGAACAAUGUAGAGCGCAACUGAAACGUUUCUUUGGGCUAUUGGGCUUGGCGACUAUUUAUUUUGGCAUUGCUCUGGCACUAGGCGAAGGCCCUACUAGGAUGGCUCAAGCUCAUAUACUAUAUCCGGGCCUGCUAUGGCUUGCUCUGUCUGCUUCGAUAUUCCGCACCACGCUCCAACUAGUGCACUCAGAGAAACUCUUCUAUAGCUGGGACAUGGCUCUGCAGACGGAAACGGUGCGCACCUUUGGACGCCAAUCGGUGCUCUGCGUACAACGCGGUCAUCUCCACGACAUGGUUCUCAAUGAGGUCAUAGAGAAUCUAGAUGUAAAGUACAUGCUAAUACUGCGCACAAAGGGCAGCAUGUUCAAAGAGCGGCCCAUUAUACCGCUAUUCAAUAAUUUGUCACCUUCCUUUGAGUGCCUGCAGCAUAUUCAGCGCAUUUUACAUGGCUACUGGCUUAAUAAUAGCAGGGAUAGAUCGGAUCACGCUUGCAGCAGUGAUAUGCCAUCAACGGUUGCAUCGUAGUAUUCCAUUAAUUUGUCCAGCUAUAGUUAAGACAAUUUAAAUUAUUCUUCAAUUUCAACCAAAGAACUAAUAUAUGUACGCUUACCUGUA